GAGGCAACAAGUUAAACGGGAGUUGUAUCCCUUUGUCGCUGGGCCAUCGAUCGUGUCGAACAAAAGAUUGCCACACAGGGAGUAGGCGAUUACCACUGGGUGAUGCGUGCUUUGAGUGAUGACGUCAGCGGAUGCCGUCAUAUUUUUAAACGAAGCCAAGAUGGCGUCUUAAGUGUGAAGACUGAACCUAAGACCUCGUUGGUUUGAAGAAUCUAAGUUCAACAUGUAUGAAGAAUGUUUUCAGUACACUACAGAAACAACAACGACUUUAAUCUGAAACAAAAUCCCAUGGAUUCCCAGCCCGGGAGGUACAGUUUCUCCACCACUGGUUCUACCAUUUACCCAGAUCUAACCUAUGCCAUACCAGACACCCGCGUGGGUUCGCCUUGCUUAUCUCACCCGCAACAUUACAGCGCAAAAAGCGUAGCGCGACAACCUUUUGUGCGUCAUCCAUUACGCAAGAAUUCAUCUCGCAUUUCCACGAUAUUUCAAUGCACCUGUUUAUACUGUACGUCCGAAAAAAUCUCAACCAACGCAUAUUAUAUAUAUUCAUCUUUUGUUAUCAUUCGCUUAAGAUAUUCUGGCGCCUUAGCUUUAAUAAUUAUUGUACAAAUUCUAGGACGAUUGCGUUGUGUUUUAGACACUGUGAUUAAAAUCUCGGGCAAGAAUAAUGAUGACGUAUGUGCAGCUAUUAAUAGAAAUCUUACAGGAAACGUGGCAGAUUUCUGUAAUCCCAGGAGUCUCCAGGUUCUUUGUUUAGCUCCAAAGAUGGCACCCACAUCCCAUAAUUUCCACCCUGCUUGCCUAUUUCACCACGUUCUCAAAAUGCCACAAGUAGACACAAGUGAUGAUGUCACAAUUCAGAACCAUCAUAAUUUAAAUUGUUGCCAUUUAAUCUUGCAGCCUGCAGCUUUGAAUCUCUGCCAGACUGGAUAUGAUAAUUUCACGUUGCCAGUCCUGUGUGUGAGCUGUGGGGUAAGUAGCAUUCACACCCCGAUCAGUGCUACAUUACCUGUGAAGGUGCUUGGUGUUCAUAGUCAGGAGGAUUGUACCUGUGGUUCUGAGAAUUCACGGCCAAGGGAACCGCCAUUUUAUGAUACGGAGUGUUCUAAUCUUUCCCUUAAUGCGCAGCGAUCUUCAUCGUCCCGGGAUAAUAGCUCCUACAAUUAUAUGAAUGAAAAUGUCUUGCCACACGGUGACUGUGUAUCACGUGAUACGACAUCCCGCACUACGUCACGUGGUAUGAAGCCCUCCAAGUUAUUGAAGUCACGUGACAUGAGACUCCAUUGCUCUAAAAAUCCGUCUUCCUGUUCCGAUCACUCUCCAAGGGCGGCUACUCUAUCGCUCAAACAACACAAAACACCUCCAGCAAGCAUGCGGUGCUCGCCCCUGGACGUGUUACUUCUGGCUGUGCUCCUAUGCCUCACCCUCGGCUCCUCCCCUGCACGGGGCGCCCCGCCCCUCGUCAGCCUCCACUCCUUGUUCCCGAAAUCCAUCUCGAUAAACGACCUGGGCAAGGAACAAUCCAGCACCCUCCUCACCUUCAGACGACGCUACGAACGGAUCGCCAUGAACUACACCAUCAAAGAAGGAACCCACAGCAUGGCGUACGACUCGCCCAGAGAGAUUCUGGACACCUUCUGUAAGGGCAUGUUUCCCAACCACGUGAUCACACUCCUCAACAUCAACAACCCCCUGGGUAUGAGCAGGAGAACCAGCUCCAACAAGUACAUCCUCAAACUGGCUGAGUUCCUCGGCCUGCCCAUCAUUUCUUGGGAUUCUGAGUACGUCGGGGAUAGCCAGUCUAGAACAGUCCAGCUGGCGCCUACGAUCGAGCAUCAAGCUAUGGCCAUGGCUAGUCUCCUGGAGCGGUACAACUGGACGACCUUCACCAUCAUCACCACCCCGGUGGCCGGACACAGCCAGUUUCUCAGCUCCUUUGAAAACAUCGUCGAGGCUAGCGUGAAGAAAUCCUUGUCGACGCCCGCAGACUCAAGGAAAGAGAGCUUGGAGAUUCUAUCCACCAUCCACAUCAGGGAAAAGUCCGAGAUCCGGUCCCAGCUGUCAAAGGUCAAAGGCACGGACACACGGAUAUUCCUACUACACAGUAGCAGUGUGAUGACCCUAGAGAUCAUAGAGGAAGCGAACCACCUAGAGCUUACAGGACGAGACUACGUGUGGAUCCUCACGACCACAGCCAUACCAAACGCCAAACAUGUGUCCAAAAGCUUUAAAAUUGGACUUAUGGGUAUCACCUUUGAAUUCGACAAAGAGGCCAUGAAAAGAGUGAUACGUUGGGGUGUCAAACUGUGGCUAACGGCCCUGAUGAACAUGGCCAACACUCGGGGUCUGCUUGCCAACAUGACCAUCCCGCCCAAGUUCGCCUGUAACGCCACACAGAAGGAUUUGUUCUGGAAAGAUGGGGAGAUACUCUACAAGUAUAUGUUGAAUGCCUCUGUACUGAAUGAACCUCAACUUGUUUUCAAUGAAAAUGGAACUCUUACAUCAACGGAGUUAAUAAUAUUGAACCUGCAGUGGUCAGACAGAACAACAAACUCAACAGCCUGGAGAGAGGUGGGUAGAUGGCAAGGUCAAGGUUUAAAAAUGGCUGAUAUCACCUGGCCAGGAGGUUCAUCUGUUCCACCAACAGGAAGGCCAAAGAAAACAUUCCUCAGGGUUGCCACAUUGGAUGAAGUGCCGUAUGUAAUCUACAGAAUGCCAGAGGAAGAUGGAAAAUGUGAGGAAAAAUCUUUAGACUGCUAUGUUUAUCCACGGAACGAAAAGAAAGAGAGGAUGAGCAACAUGACAGUCCUGCGCUGUUGCGUCGGCUUGAGUAUGGACCUGCUGAAGGUUCUGAGCACUCAGCUCAACUUUGACUUCUCUAUCACAGAAGUCAAAGAUGGGCAAUGGGGAGCCAUCAAGUCUAAAACCUGGAAUGGCCUUGUGAAGACACUUCUGGACGGUGAAGCGGAUAUCGUGAUGACCUCAUUAAAAAUUAAUCCGGAGAGAGCCAGUGCAGUUCGAUUCUCUGUGCCAUAUUUGGAAACUGGCAUUAAAAUAAUUGUUGCCCUUCGGGACGGUGCUAUUUCACCAACUGCCUUUUUAGAGCCCUACGACUAUGCAUCCUGGUCACUUAUCCUAAUCUUCAGCGUUCAUGCUACUGGGUCAUCGAUUCUCAUCUUUGAAUGGCUAAGUCCAUAUGGGCUUAACCGCGGACUCACGCCUAUGCGAGAGCACAAGUUCUCAUUGUUCCGGUCCUUCUGGCUCAUCUGGGCCAUGCUGUUUAGCACGUCCGUACAAACAGACAGUCCCAAGGGAAUUGCCAGCAGAUUCUUGGCUAACAUAUGGGCCUUGUUUGCUCUUGUAUUCCUGGCAUCAUACACAGCUAACCUGGCAGCAUUCAUGAUAACAAAAGAGGAAUUUUAUGAUUUAUCUGGCAUACAGGAUUAUAGACUUCAAAAUCCGUACACCAUGAACCCACCAUUCAAGUACGCCACCAUUCCCAAUGGCAGCACUGAGGCCAACAUUCGAUCCAAUCACAUAGACAUGUACAACUACAUGAAAACCUACAACCUGCCUGACAUUAAAGCAGGGAUCACAGCACUUAAGCAAGGAAAAAUUCAGGCAUUCAUCUAUGACUCCUCUGUGCUGGAGUAUUGGGCGUCAAGGGAUGAGAAGUGUCGCUUGUUGACUGUGGGCAACCGCUAUGCUAUGACUGGCUAUGGCGUUGGUUUUCCCCCAGAUUUUAAAAAUCCGUGGAUUGACAAAUUCAAUAAAGUGAUCCUCAAACUCCAAGAGAAUGGUGAAAUGGAUCGUCUCCAAAAGUUCUGGUUGGCCGGGGCAUGUGACACCAAGAAAGAAAAAGGCGUGUCUAACAGAACACUUGGAAUUCUCAACUUCACAUCCGCAUUUAUAUUACUCGGCUCCGGAAUUUUGCUGGGGCUGCUUAUUUUAAUAUUUGAACAUUUCUAUUUCAAAUUUUGUCGCAAACACCUAAGAAAAUGGGACAAGUGUGGUUGCUGUGCUUUAGUCUCUCUGAGCAUGGGUAAAUCUCUCCAACUGAAAGAUUAUGUGGAUGAAGCCAUGAAUGCCUACUCCAAAACUCGCUGUAAGGAUGCCUUGUGUGAGGUUCAGAUCUGGAAACUUAGACAUCAACUGGACAUGGCACUGCUCAAGAUUGACCACCUUCAGAACCAAUUAGGUGAUUUUGGAAGUGAUCUCCUUAUGAUCAUGCCCACUACCACAAUUGAAAAUGAGCAACAAUUAGACGACAGAGAACACCAACCCAUCAAAGCCAAUGGAAUGCAACAAACGGUUGCAAUCAGGGAGCCUACAAAAAAACAAAAAACCUCAGAACAUGCGCCAAAAUUUUCCUUCUUCAACAGCAGUCCUAUGGACCCGGCCGAACUGGCUUUUAUUCGAAGCCUUGAACUUCAAGACGCUGGGAGUUUCGUGGAGAGAUUUGAGCAACUGGUGGAUCAUUUUGACAAACAACGUACAUCACCCGUGUCGGAUCAUUUUUGUGACCCUUACCUACCUCCCCCACCCCACGGGGAAUCCCCACUGCUCAGUGAAAGCGUCAGUAACGAUGCGGCUGGUGGGGGGAGCAGCAGUUAUGGGGGUGAGACGUACUUGGGUUUUGAUGACUUUAACAGUGACGUCGGCAGCGUGCGUAGCAUCAGCGCUCUGGCAAGACGUUCCCCCGCUGUUGGGUCAUCGCCAGGAAAUGCGCUGCGACGCACGCCUAGCUACACGUCCGCUGUAGGGAGAGAAAGCGGGUCCGACGCCAACAGUGAAAACUCGCCUAACAUUUCCAGUCGUGUGAGACAGUACGAUGGUAAAAAGUAUAUGGGUGUGGAAAGUACUAGUCCUGUUACGUGAUAUUUCAAUUAGUUAUACACGCUUGUAAAUACAUACAGAUUUUGACUACUAUCAAAUUUUAUAUCAAUUGAAUCCAGUUAAUUUAACUUUUAUACACCUAGUCAUUUGCUAAAUGAUUUAGUGUACUUAUAUUAUGACAUCAUUGGAAAGUUGUGUAGUGAUUCAGCCAUCUGUUAUCCAUGAUACAAUUCUUUGUGUUUUCUUAUGUAGGCUAACAAACCAAAUACAAAUAUUUUUUUUUAUUUUUAGCAAGAAAAAUAUGUUCAGUACUUUGUACUUUCCUUAACUGUAAUUUAUUUUGACUAUUAUGUUCAUUUUUUGUAGAGAAAAGUUAAGCGUUCCAUCUACCAGAACAAAACAAAAUUUAAUUAAUGAUCCUAAUACUUGUUUUAUUGAUAAGCAAACAAUUAAAAAUUUUAUUAAUUUUUUUUUGUAAUGUAGACCUACAGCAUGAUUUUUUCUAAUCAAGGGAAAGUUAUGAAUUAUCACAGAAAAAAAAAUAUUUAAACCUGAAAAAUAAUAAUUACACAAGAUCCUCAUGUAGACAAGAUCUGCACUGACUAUACUGUAAGUGUGCUGAACAACCCUAUCCUCCACUUACAUUCUGAUCUACAAAGAGUAACUAAAAUUAAAAAAAAAAAUUUUUGCAUUUAGAUCUAGAUCUAUUUCAAUAAAAAAAUUGGAGAGAGAAACUUGUUUUGAAGCUCCUUAAAUAGGACAGAAACUAGUUAAAAUUAAUUGUUGGACCUACCUAUUCUAUUCUUAUUGUAUUUAUUUUUUUUUAACAGCAUUCAAGUUUUUCAAAAACAAAAAUUCACAUUUUGUAAAUUGAAUUUUUUUAAAUAAGCCAUGUAACCCAGUUUUGGAAAUAAGAUUAAAAUAUCUUUUAACAAUGCAUAGUAGUUAGUGCUUAAACUGACUUGUUAUUAAAAGAAAAAACUUAGCUGUUUAGUGUUAUGGUAGUGAAAACAUUAAGUUAUGCCCCAUUUUUAGUGAAUUUGUCAACAAUACAAACCAUACUGAAAGAAAAUGACUGAGUGUUAAAUACUAAGGUAAUUUUCGUUUCCAGUGUGUGAGGUCAAACUUCUUUUGCCUGGAUAAUCAACUUGUGUCAAUUUAUGUUGUUUUUUUUAAAACGAAAUCUGAAACAUGUGCUCUUGCAAUUUGUAGUUAGAUCUAUAUAUGAAAUUAUUACAGUUCUGAUAUAACUACAAUCUAUUAUCAUUAUAUUAGAGAUUUUUAAAUUCUAAUUUAUUUCUAAUACAUUUUAUUUUUGGAGAAAAAAAUUAAUGUGUUAUGAUGUUAAGUUUUGUUUUUUUGUGCGGGUGUAAACAUUGUGCUGAUUGUUGUGAGCAGACCUUUACAACGAUAUAUCCAUAUUUUAAUAAUAUAUUUAAAAAUCUCAUUGUAUUCAUAAGUUUCAUUUUUUCUGUAACCCUUGUCUAAAAUCAACUAAAUAUUAUGUGGUUCUAUAAAUAGAUUACAAGCUGUGAUUGGGAGGUUGCCAGUUACUCACUGACUAGGCAGACCAAAAUACAGAGCUGAAAAUUAUUUCAUUUAAACCAAACCCUCAUUUGUAAAUUAUAGUUCACUAUUUCUUUAACACUUUAUUUGUUAUAGUUUGAGGCAAUUUAUCAUCAGUAUAUUUCGCACUGCGAGUCAGAAAUGGUCCUGUUAAAUGCCAGCAUAUCUUUCUAUUGUAUUCUGUCUGUAGCUGUUCCACUAUAGGUUCUGUUUCCACAGUGUCAUUCCAUCACAAACUAUUUUCUCGCAUUAAAAAAAUUGUAAGAAGUUUUAAAUGUGUGUGAUAAUAUUUGUGUAUCCAUUCAUAUUUAUAAAACUCUUAAAAUGUUGUUUUUUUUUUAAUUUUGUCGUUGCCAAUUUCUUAAUUUAUUUUAUGGUUAGUUUGACAAAUUAAACAAGUAUUUUUUUCAUUUCAUAAAACUUCAAACCACUUUUUAGUGGUUUUAUUUUCAACUUCAUAGACUGUGUCUUGGAUGGUUUAGAUGUGUGCAGUGAAAUAUUUAUAUCCUAUGUGAUAAUAACUCAUAUUAUAUAAUGUAUGGAUUUCAUGUUAAAGCUAUUUCCUUUGCAUCAUAUGUAGCCUAUGAAAUUAUGUGUUUGUUAAUAUUGUAGUGCUAAAAGUGUUUUUAUUCGUCUUCUCAUAUAGCUCCUCUUUAGUGGAAAAUUAUUGUAAUUUGAUUUUAAAACAGAGAAAAUAUGUAUUUACAAAUGAAGCCCCUUUGUUUUUUCUCAAUUGAUUACAAUUGAAAAGGUGUUUUAAUAAAAGUGAGCCCAAACAGAAUUUAAUCUUUUUAAUACACAAAAUUUCAAAAUUACAUUUUUUUCCACUUUUAUAAUUUGUGCGUUACUUUGUAAGUUAGCUGCUAUCAAUUUUAAAUGUUUAGGAUUAAAGACCCUUUUAAUCAGCCCACAUAAGGCAUUAAUUAUGAUAAAUGAAAAAUUCUUUUAAGGAGAAUACACACUUGUAUUACUUUUUCCUUUUAUUAUUAAAUAAAGACGUAAAUACCCUUAAGCUUAACAUAUUCUUAUUGGGAAUAAAAUCUAUAGUGGCCUAUAUAGGCUACUAUACGUAAGUGUGGUAUAUUGAAUAUUGGAUUUCACAGAUUUUUCUUGAACUAAAUAUAACCUUAAAGUAUGUAAAUUCAUAUUGAUGCUAAAACACCUGUACUACCACUUCCUCAUUCUAAUUCAUCUUUUUAAAUCAUUAUAUUCAACGAUAAACUUUUUUUUUAUAAAUACUGGUUAUAUGACCAUACACAUUGAUGAUAUACUUCUUAACUUGUGAGUUUUUGGA